AUUCCUAUUUACACUCUCUAAAAAUGGCAUCAUAAAUAAAGGCCAAAACAGAGGGUUAAGAGGCCUUAGGAGUUCGCAGCAAACCCCCCACUCUCUCUCUCUCUCCGCCAGUGCUCUGUGGCUUUGCCCUACCCCCUGCUCUCUCUCACUCACUCUCUUUCUCUCUCUUUCUAACCCUGAAAUAGAGGAAGCAGAAACAGCAGAGGAGUUUAAUGUCUACCACCCACCGCCUCUGAACUCUCUCUCUCUCUCUCUUUCUCUCUAUCUGAGAGACUGGACCUUGUUGUCUCUCUAACUUUCUCUGCUCAGAGGGCUCAGACCCCCUUUGUUUUCUCUCAUUUUCUCUCUCUGUUUGCUUGGGGAAAGACCCAAAAGAGGCAACGGGGGGGAACCUUUUGUGCGGGACGCUUUAUGUAAUUCGUUUUCUUCAGUCUUCGGUUCUUCUUCUUCUCCUUAUUCAAGUCUAUCCGCACACCACCCUUUUUAUCUUUCCCAUCAUUGUACCCUUGUUCUUGUUUCACUCGAGUUGGAGAUAUGAGCAAGGAGGAGUUUUUGAAGAUCCAGACCUGUGUGCUGAAGGUGAACAUUCACUGUGACGGGUGCAAGCACAAGGUCAAGAAAAUCUUACAUAAAAUUGAAGGGGUUUACACAACCAAAAUAGAUGCAGAUCUGGGGAAGGUGACAGUUUCAGGAAAUGUAGACGCGGCCACGCUGAUGAAAAAGCUAAACAAAGCUGGAAAACAUGCCGAGCUCUGGGGUGCUCCGAAGGCCAACAACCAAAACCAACUGAAUAACCAGUUGAAGAACUUGCAACUUGAUAAUGGCGGCAAAGGUGGGGGCAAAAAGGGCGGAAACAACAACGGCGGCAACCAGCCUAAAGGAGGACAUCCCAACCCACAGCAGCAGCUUCAGCAACUCCAGCAGCAGAUGAAAGGCUUCCAAGAUCUGAAGCUGCCCCCCUUGGGUCAGGCUCCCAAAACCGUCAAGUUCAGCUUGCCUGAGGAUGAUGGUAUGAGUGAUGAAUUUGAUGAUGAGUUCGAUGAAGAGGAUUUAGAAGAUGAUGAGUUUUACGAUGAGUUGGACGAUAUUCCCCAUCAGCUUCCCAACAAAAUGAAACCGAAUGCGGUUAAUGGGCAGGGGACUCAGAUGCCCAACCUCAUGAUGUUGAAUGGUAUGAUGAACGCCCAGCAGAUGAUGAAUGCCCAGGCCAUGAUGAAUGACAAGAAGGCUGGUGGUAAUGUUGGGAACGGUAAGAAGGGUGGCGGUGGCGGUGCUGUGCCAAUUCAGAUAAAUGGCAAUGAUGGGAAAAAUGGUGGAAAGAAAGGCGGUGGCGGAGGUAAUAAUAACGGAGGGAAUCAAAAUCAAGGUGGUAUCGGCGGCGGUGCUAAGAAUGGUGGCAAAAAUGGCGGUGGGGCGCCAUCGGAGGGUAAAAAUGGUAACAACGCUGGCGGUGGGAACAAUAAGAUCGGUAAUAAUGGCGGCGGUGGUAACGGUAACGGUGGUAAGAAAGGCGGAGCCGCGAAUGAUGUUCAUGCCAUUAACAACAUGCCCAAUGCGAUGCAUAACAUGGCUGCCAUUCGGGGCCUUGGCGGAGGGAAUAUGGGCCAGAUGCCCAUGGGCCCCAUGGGGAACAUGCCCAUGGGCCAGAUGGGCAACAUGUCCAUGGCCCAAAUGGGUAAUAACAUGCCUGCAGUGCAGGGCCUACCAGCCGGCGCCAUAAACGCCGGUGGUGCCGGCGGCGGCGCCCCCCCUGGUUACGGCGGCGGCGUCCCCCCUGGUUACUUCCAAGGAGCCGGCCCGGAAGUGAUGGCUGGAAACCCCUACUACCAGCAGCAACUGGCUGCCAUGAUGAUGAACCAGCAACGCGCACAUGGCAACGAGCGGUUCCAGCCCAUGAUGUAUGCUCGCCCCCCUCCUGCAGUCAAUUACUUGCCCCCAUACCCACCUCAGCCCGACCCCUACACCCAUUUCUUCAGUGACGAGAACACCUCGAGCUGCAAUGUCAUGUGAAAUCCCUGGAUUUCCCCUGCUCCGACAUGUUUUGUUAAGGUCACAGCGGGUGGCGGUGGCAGCUGCCCAGUUACAGCAAAAGGAACUCCCGUCUCAUGCCAUGCACACAUUCUGGAGAUGGGUUCAUUUUUAGUUGAAUUAUCUUCUCUUUUUCCUUUCUUUUUCCUUUUUUUUUUUAAUCCCUUAAUUUUCCUUCUCAUCCUGAGUUGAAUUAGGGUUUUAAUUAUGAAUAGGGGGAGUAUUUAUAGAUAAUAUAUUAAAGUUUUAGAGGAGUCUGAGAUGUAAGUGGGAGACGGACGGUGGUGGGGCUUUCUCAUGGGGAGAUGUUUAUAUGGUGUUUAUAUGUUGAAAACAAAAAUAAGAUGGAAAAGGAGAAAUGGGAAUUUAAAACAAAAGCCCAUCUCUCUGCCCGUUUCUCUCCCAA